CGAAGGUGUUUUUAGUACUCGGACAAGGAUGCGGGUACUCUGCUUGGUGGCGUUACUAGCCCAUGCGUGCGCGUGUUUGUCGGUGAGGAACAAUGCGUGGGUCGGAGAGGACUCCUCCAGGACUAGGGAGAGCCACCAAAACAAAGCCACAGGUGCAAUCUUCCACUCCAGGCGCUUUGCACGCUUGAACAGGACGCUGACGCCCGCCUCCCAUUGGGAGCCGCCGCGCCUCCACCGUAACAGGAGGACAAAGUUGACGAGCGCCGGCGGACGCCACAAUGGGGCCGCGGGCGGAGGAGGAGGGGGCCCGGCGGAGGGAGACCGCCACCGGAGGGGCACAAAGGAGGAGAAAGCGUGGAAGAGGGGGAGAACCCGCUUGAACAAAAGCCCGGAGUCAUGGGAACCCAUCCCCAAGCCGGCGGCGCUGACAUCCACCGACGCGCCCUUUGACCUCCUCACCAGGAGGCCCGAGUUCUUCACCUUCCGCGAGGAGAACCCGUGGGACGCCACGCCCAUCACGCCGCCCGGCCCGCAGGACUUCGGCGGGGACGGGCUCAAGAACCCCUUCUACCCGGUGACGGGCGAGACCUACGGCGCCUACGCCGUCACGGCCGCGUCGGGCUUCGUCUUCCUGGUGGGUCUGGCGGGCAACGUGGCCAUCCUGUGCAUCGUGUGCCAGAACUACUACAUGAAGAGCAUCUCCAACUCGCUGCUGGCCAACCUGGCCGUGUGGGACUUUGCGCUCAUCCUCUUCUGCCUGCCCACGGUGGUCUUCCACGAGCUGACCAAGUCCUGGCUGCUGGGGGAGUUCACCUGCAGAGUGGUGCCGUACAUGGAGGUGGCAUCCCUGGGCGUGACCACCUUCACCCUGUGCGCCCUCUGCAUCGACCGCUUCCGUGCGGCCACCAACGUGCAGAUGUACUACGAGAUGAUCGAAAACUGCACCUCCACCACCGCCAAGCUGGCCGUUAUCUGGAUCGGGGCCCUCCUGUUGGCGCUACCCGAGCUGCUGAUCCGUCAGCUGGUGGUGGAAGAAGCCGAGAUCCCGGGAGAGCCUCCGGUGGAGCGAUGCAUCAUCCGGAUAUCCACGUCCCUCCCGGACAUGCUCUACGUUUUGGGCUUGACCUACGAGGGCGCCCGGCUGUGGUGGUGCUUCGGUUGCUACUUCUGCCUGCCGACCCUCUUCACCAUCGGGUGCUCUCUGGUGACGGCGAGAAAGAUCCGCCAAGCCGAGCAGGCCAGCGUGCGCAGCAACAAGAAGCAGAUCCGCCUGGAGAGUCAGAUGAACUGCACGGUGGUGGCGCUGGCCAUCGUCUACGGCGCCUGCGUGGUGCCCGAGAACAUCUGCAACAUCGUGUCCGUGUACAUGGCGGCCGGCGUUCCUGAACACACAAUGUCCGUGCUGCACCUGCUCUCCCAGCUGCUGUUGUUCUGCCGGGCCGCCGUCACGCCCGUGCUGCUCCUCCUCCUGUGUCGCCCGUUGGGCAGGGCCUUCCUGGACUGCUGUUGCUGCUGCUGCUGCAGCCGCACGCCUUCGUCCACCACAGCCAGUGACGAUAACGAACACGAGUGCACCACCGAGCUGGAGCUAUCGCCGUUCAGCACCAUUCGCCGCGAGAUGAGCAACUACACGCCAGCCGGGUCCAACUGCUGAGCUGGUGGUCCGUCCACCUUACCCAGUCUAGUCACAUAUCCAAACGGGUGCAUGAAGGACGGUGUUUUAAGGAACUGAUUACCACCGCCAAGCAGAAAGGAAAUUUGUGUCUUUUCGUUUGCUAGUUAGCAGGAAAUCAACAGUUUUCAACAACAGAGACCUACCACAUUCAAAUACAGGAGUGAUCGACACCGAAAACCUUGGUCAAAGAUCUUCUAUAUGACAGGAGUACGCUGCUAUUUCUAAGGAUCACCUGCAAAAAUGCAAGUCAUAGAUUCUCUGUAUGUCAAGAGAAGUCUAGUGUUAUUAGAAAUCUACCGCAAAAAUAACACUAGUCGAGGAUCAACCUCAAAAACCUUAGUCAUUUUUAGGGAUCGACUGAAAAUGUGUUAGUCCAAAUACUCUUAAAGACGGUUGUGCUUUGCUGUGUUUAAGGACUGACUGCAAAAAUAUCAGUCAAGAUCUCCUGUAGGACAAGAGUACUUUUUAAGGAUCAACUGCAAAAAUGCAAGUCAUAGAUUUUCUGUAUGUCAAGAGUGUUAUUAGAAAUCUACUGCAAAAAAAGACUAGUCUAAGAUCAACCUCAAAAACCUUAGUCAAUGAUCUUCUAUACAACUUGUUAUUUUUAGGGAUCAACUGAAAUCUUGGUAGUCCAAAUACUCUUAAAGACAGUUGUGCUUUGCUGUUUUUGAGGACUGACUGCAAAAAUGUCAGUGAAGAUCUCCUAUAGGACAAGAGUGGCCUGUUUUUAAGGAUCAACUGCAAAAAUGCAAGUCAUAGAUUCUCUGUAUGUCAAGAGAAGUCUAGUGUUAUUAGAAAUCUACUGCAAAAAUAACACUAGUCGAGGAUCAACCUCAAAAACCUUAGUCAUUUUUAAGGAUCGACUGAAAAUUUGUUAGUCCAAAUACUCUUAAAGAUGGUUGUGCUUUGCUGUGUUUAAGGACUGACUGCAAAAAUAUCAGUCAAGAUCUCCUGUAGGACAGGAGUGCUUUUUAAGGAUCAAUUGCAAAAAUGCAAGUCACAGAUUUUCUGUAUGU